ACGCACAGCUUGCCUCUGCGAGGUCGUGGUCGCACCAAGUGCUGGGCCAGAGCGGAUCGACAUGUAUAUGAGAGGCGCGACUCCCCAAUCCGUCGCUGGGCUGGCAGCGGCGGCUGCGGCGGCAGGCGCAUGUGCUCUCUGGUACCUGCGGUACCGGGGGCAGCGUGCUCUUGCUGCCCGUGUCGGGUUGGAAGCCGCUCACAGUCUCUUUGACCAGAUUGACGUCGACGAUGGCACAAUCUCGCGCGAGCAACUUGACGUCUGGCUGCGCAAGCGUCCGACGUGGGCAGCAUCGCACGGCAUCCGUGGCGUAGAGUCUGUUUUCGCGGCGCUCGUGGGCGGCAAUGACCAAGCCAAGAUCGACAAGUCAUCCUUCGUCGCGUGGCUCUCGCGCCUCAACCGCUCGCCUCCUGGACUCGCGGACGUCGAUGACGACGUCGUGCACCUGAGCGACACAAAGCUCGGGGCGUACGGGGCGGUUCGAUUCCUGGCACACAACCGCUAUCUGCAAAAAUGCCUCAACGAAGACGACCACGAGGCUGUCAUUGGGCAGAUGAGAGCACGCGAUCUGCUCACCCUGGAGGCAGCACCAGAAUGGUUUGCUUUCCCUGAGCACUCGCUGCGGUACGUGUUUCCCGACGGCACCGAGCGAGGCAAUUUCCUCACCUGCGUGGACGGCUUUGUGACGCCCGAGGAGGCGCGGCGAAUCAUCGCGAGGGGUUGCCUGAUCAAGUCCAGAGGGACGCCAUCUUCACGGGCAGUAGCUCGGUGGCGCUGGCGCUACGCUGUAACAGCGCUGGCGACCAGAGCGCCAGACAAGCCUCACUCCAAGGCCCUCGGUCGUCACGGUGCCUCGAGCGACGUGGCGGCUGCUGACGAGCGUGUGGGGGACGUCUCCUACACGGGUCGUUCGGGCACGAUCGCCUUCGACCAUGCGUAUGCCUUCGGUUGGGCGCUUCUGCGGCGUGCGCGCCCUUGGCUGCCGGUGGAGAUCCACGAGGGCCCGGAUCGGCGAUGGGUGCUGCACGGGCUCAACCCGCGCAUUCGCUUGGUGAAUUACGAGGACGGCAAUCGCUUUGGCAUGCAUUUUGAUCUGAGGAGGUGGGGCAUCGAUUCAGCAGUCGACGAAAAUGGCGUGCCGAUCACCGACCCGGCGCGCCUGAACGCGCCGGACGCCGAGGAGGAGGGCCAGCAUGCGCUCAUCACCCUCAAUCUGUACCUGAACACGCCCUCCGAGCCGAGCGAGAGCUUUGGAGGUGGCCGCAUUAUCAUUCACCAGGUGGCGCGAGGCCCGUGCGCGGACACGGGGGCGCCCUCGACGGCGCAGUGGGAGGAUGGUGAGGACACCAUGACCAGCGCAGAGUGGCGUGCGUGCGGUUGCCCCGCCGACAACUCGCAGACCUUCCACAACCUCGAGUCUUUUGCCGUCCCGCCCGUGGCCGGCCGCAUGCUCAUCUUUGGGCAGGGACGGCUGGGCGGCAUUGCACACGAGGCUGAGGCGGUGCGUAUCAGCCACGGACGCAUGGGCGAUCAAAAGUGGAUCCUGCGGGCAGACGCGGUGUAUCAGCUCUCGCGGAUCGUUGCUGACAGUUAA